GAUUGGACAGUGGACUUGAAGUCAUGAUCAAAAGAUUUUAUCAAAAUAACUCCCAUUCUUCACUCACAUUUGAAAAUGAAGUCCGCUUUCAUGCAAAGCUUCUACACAAAAACGUUGCUAAGCUCAUUGGAUGUUGCAGUGAAAGAGGAGAAGCACUUUUAGUCUAUGAAUCUCUGCCAAAUGGGUGUUUGUCUGACGCGGUAACUGGAACAAGGGUGUUGCUCAACUGGUCUGAGCGCUUCAAAAUAAUUUUAGGGAUAGCCCGUGGGGUGGCCUAUCUACAUGAUUGCUGUGGGAUACAAAUUAUGCAUGGGGAUUUAAAUCCACAAAGGAUUCUCUUAGAUUCUUAUAUGACUCCUAAGAUUACUGAUUUUGCUUUUGCAAAAGUGUGUAGUCCGGAUGGGCGUGAAAGACACAAGCGUAGUUUACUCGGUACAAGGGGUUAUAUGGAUCCUGGAUAUGUUAUUAACCGUAUUUACUCAGUGAAGAGUGACGUGUAUAGCUUUGGUAUCACUCUUCUUGAGAUAAUUACUGCAAAGAGGCCCGAUGCACUUUUCAAGGAUGCAGGUGAUCUUCUCAGAUUGCCGACAAUGGCAGAAUCAAUGGAGAUGUACCACAUGAUAGAUCCAGCAUUGCAUGGUGAAUCAAGAAUGACCGAGAUAAUGAAAUGCAUUCAGAUCGCAUUAUGGUGCUCCAGGCCCAAUGCGGGAGACCGGCCCAGCAUGUGGGAUGUUCUUCUGAUGCUCAGCUGCGAGAAUGCAACCUUACGUGUGCCGGAGCCAUUCCAGAGCCAGUGUGACACACAGGAGCUGUGUGAAGGGGUGCUAUCGGAUUCAGAGAUAACUGAACCAAGAUAGUAUGUGCGAUUCAAGGCCACAGAUUUCAUCGGGCUCUACAUGGCGCGCAGAGGAUAUUUAGUAGUAGUAGUAAAUUUUUUAGUUGAGUAUUUGCGCAUC